AUUAGAGAGAGAAACAGCGUUCGUUUGGUAGAAAAGAAAAAGAAAAGGAAAAAAAGGGAAAUUUAAAAAAGAGAGAGAGAGAAAGAGAGAAGGUGUGUGGAAUCUUCAGGCAAAGGUCCAAAUAACCAGUCAGGAAUCGCCCUCCUCUUCUCCUUCUCUUUAUAUUUAUGCUUUGUGGAGGUGCUUUUCUUUUGGGUUUCUGUUUAAUUUGAUUCCAUUUCCCAUCAAUUUUUCUUUCUUUCUCAACCCAAUUCAAAAACGACGGAUUCCUGUCGUUUUCUUUUCUUUUAUUUAAUUUUCUCUCUCUCACCUUCACAACACACACACCCAGCAAUCCCCUUAAUCAGCAUAUCUCAAAUCAGUUUUGGAAGGAAUUUGAAGCGAUAGAAAUGGCGGAAGAGCAUAGAUGUCAAGCACAGCGUCUCUGCGCCAACAACUGCGGAUUCUUUGGGAGUCCGGCCACCCAAAACCUCUGCUCCAAAUGUUACUGCGAUCUCCAACUCAAAGAGCAGCAAUCCUCCAACGCCAAGCUCGUCUUGAAUCAAACCCUAGCUUCCACCUCAUCGCCGUCAUCACCAUCCUCGUCCUCAUCGUCGACUGCAUCAGUUUUUGUUUCGUCUCCGAUGGCUGUUGAUCUGCCUGAGAUCAGCAGCAGUCAGCCUGCUUCGGCGGCGGCCGUGGAUGAUAAGAAGGAGACACCUGCGGUGCGGCCAAACAGGUGCUUGACGUGCAGGAAGCGCGUGGGGCUUACGGGAUUUAAGUGCAGGUGUGGGAUGAUGUUCUGCGGGACGCACAGGUACCCGGAGCAGCAUGCUUGCACCUUUGAUUUUAAGGCUAUGGGCAAAGAGCAGAUUGCUAAGGCCAAUCCUGUGGUGAAGGCAGAGAAGCUGGAGAAAAUUUGAAAUUAAGAAGGGGGAAGAAAAAAGAAAUUUGAUUUAUGUUUCUCUGUGUGAUUUGGAAUUUAGGGUAUUGAAUGAAAUUUGAUAACGUUGUCGUCCGGCGGCUGGUAACAACGUAGCCGGUCCGGCGGGAUGUUGGGUCGGUAGUGGAGUGGUGGCCGGAGGGAUGUUAUUGUGUGAUGCAUGUAAAGUCAAUGGCAAUUUUAAUCGGCUUUUUUUA